GAGGAAUGAACCAUAUAAAUCUAGUCCAACUUCACACACCUGUGUCGUCAAGACUAGCGAAACAUGUCAGGUAAAAUAGACACGCCGACGUUGCUCUUCGACGUCCCGCCGGUGCUGAUGGAGUCUUUCUGUAGACUGAUUGACAGCGGGGUCGACGGUCUAGGAUGGAGAGCUUUAGCUACUCACAUCCUUCCCAGUCAGCUGGAAGUGAGAUGUACUGAAAUGUAUGUGGCUGCUGGGAAAAGUCCGACACAAGAGCUCAUGUGGUUGUGGGCCCAGCAGAAUAAAACAGUAGGGGAUCUUUUGAAGGUUCUGGAUGAGAUGGGUCACACUCGAGCCAGGAGUCUUUUCCAAUCGCAAGACUCAUGCAAACUGAAGUCAUCCUCACCCCCUCUCUUUGCCACGUAUCUGCCAAACACUGAGAAGUCCUGUCAAAUUUCAGCUCUUUAUCCAGAGUCUGUGUCUGUUAAAGGUGAAAAACAGAAGUAUUUCAUCACAUAUUCUGACGUCAGAGAGGGAACGAGACAUUUCCACCAGGACUUAAAAAUAGGAUCGAGCGUGUGCGCCGAGGUCUACUGCGGAAAAUGGGGAAACAGGUCUUUUGUGGUGAAAGUUUUCAAACAGGAAAACAAAGCUAAUUGGAAGGCGUUGUGGGGAAAAUUCACCAAAGAAAUUGAAGUUCUACAACUCUACCAGCAUCCUAAUAUCUUGGAGUUAUGGGGCAGCUUUUCAGAGGCAGAUCGCUUCUGUUUAGUUUAUCCGUACCUUCAUAACGGAUCAUUGUUCCACAGGCUUCAUGAGGAAGUUCAGAGUUCUCUAUCAUGGCAGGAAAGGCUGAACAUCAUCAAAGGCACCGCAAAGGCAAUCCACCAUCUACACACUGCACAACCAUGCGUAGUUAUUUGUGGAAACAUUACGAGUUCAAACAUACUCUUGGAUGAGCACCUGCAGCCCAAGUUAUCAGAUUUUGGAUUAGCUCAUCUCAGACCGCACUCUGUCGAUCAGAGCUGCACUAUCGUCAUUGAUACAGCCUCCCAUAGCAACCUUGGCUAUCUCUCAGAGGAGUACAUCCGCGAUGGCAAGCUAUCAAUCAAACUUGACGUUUAUAGCCUUGGGAUGGUUAUAUUAGAGACCUGUACAGGACAAAAGGUGAAACAGGAGUCAGCAAAAAAUCUGUUUUUGAGAGACGUACUGCAUUCAGAGUUUGAGGAAAAAAGCUCUGUGGAUGCCUGUCUGCGGUUUUUAGAUCCCAAAGUUGAGCACUGGCCUACUGCGGUGGCACUUUGUCUGCUUCGAAUCGGACUAGAGUGCACAGGCAGCAAAAUGCGAGUCAGGCCGAGCAUGGAAAUGGUGCUUCAGAGACUAAACCAACUUCUUCCCAUGCCUGCACUGCCCGAGGACCAGCCACACACUCUAGAUGAUACGAUCCCUCUUCAGCGGCCAUAUAAUGGCCUUAGUCAGCGUCUAAGCUUUCCCAUUGAAUUUGAUGAAAUGUACAGCCCACUGGAGGAACCGCUACCUCCCAGAGUUCCCAAUCUGGCAGAGCCCUGCGAGUGCAGCCAGUCUGAGGUCACUUUCUUGAGUGUUGGAGAUCCCAACUUGUCGCAUUCCCUCAGGGAAUGUCUUCAGGAAAAUGACAGAGUGGUUUCAGCAUCACAAAGUCUGCAGUCAGACUCUGCAGCUUGCCUGGACUUAUAUGGGAGCUGGCCUGUGGAGUGCAGCUGUAGCACUGGAACCGAAGUGCUGGGAUGUGAGGACUGCUGUGCGAAUGGCUUCAGUCAGUCUGUUUUAUAUGUAACUCUAGACGUUGAUGACCAGCCCUCUCAGAAUAGCAUCACGAAUCCAGCAAAAGAACCGGGAAAACAGACAAGGCAAGACUCAUGCAAACUGAAGUCAUCCUCACCCCCUCUCUUUGCCACGUAUCUGCCAAACACUGAGAAGUCCUGUCAAAUUUCAGCUCUUUAUCCAGAGUCUGUGUCUGUUAAAGGUGAAAAACAGAAGUAUUUCAUCACAUAUUCUGACGUCAGAGAGGGAACGAGACAUUUCCACCAGGACUUAAAAAUAGGAUCGAGCGUGUGCGCCGAGGUCUACUGCGGAAAAUGGGGAAACAGGUCUUUUGUGGUGAAAGUUUUCAAACAGGAAAACAAAGCUAAUUGGAAGGCGUUGUGGGGAAAAUUCACCAAAGAAAUUGAAGUUCUACAACUCUACCAGCAUCCUAAUAUCUUGGAGUUAUGGGGCAGCUUUUCAGAGGCAGAUCGCUUCUGUUUAGUUUAUCCGUACCUUCAUAACGGAUCAUUGUUCCACAGGCUUCAUGAGGAAGUUCAGAGUUCUCUAUCAUGGCAGGAAAGGCUGAACAUCAUCAAAGGCACCGCAAAGGCAAUCCACCAUCUACACACUGCACAACCAUGCGUAGUUAUUUGUGGAAACAUUACGAGUUCAAACAUACUCUUGGAUGAGCACCUGCAGCCCAAGUUAUCAGAUUUUGGAUUAGCUCAUCUCAGACCGCACUCUGUCGAUCAGAGCUGCACUAUCGUCAUUGAUACAGCCUCCCAUAGCAACCUUGGCUAUCUCUCAGAGGAGUACAUCCGCGAUGGCAAGCUAUCAAUCAAACUUGACGUUUAUAGCCUUGGGAUGGUUAUAUUAGAGACCUGUACAGGACAAAAGGUGAAACAGGAGUCAGCAAAAAAUCUGUUUUUGAGAGACGUACUGCAUUCAGAGUUUGAGGAAAAAAGCUCUGUGGAUGCCUGUCUGCGGUUUUUAGAUCCCAAAGUUGAGCACUGGCCUACUGCGGUGGCACUUUGUCUGCUUCGAAUCGGACUAGAGUGCACAGGCAGCAAAAUGCGAGUCAGGCCGAGCAUGGAAAUGGUGCUUCAGAGACUAAACCAACUUCUUCCCAUGCCUGCACUGCCCGAGGACCAGCCACACACUCUAGAUGAUACGAUCCCUCUUCAGCGGCCAUAUAAUGGCCUUAGUCAGCGUCUAAGCUUUCCCAUUGAAUUUGAUGAAAUGUACAGCCCACUGGAGGAACCGCUACCUCCCAGAGUUCCCAAUCUGGCAGAGCCCUGCGAGUGCAGCCAGUCUGAGGUCACUUUCUUGAGUGUUGGAGAUCCCAACUUGUCGCAUUCCCUCAGGGAAUGUCUUCAGGAAAAUGACAGAGUGGUUUCAGCAUCACAAAGUCUGCAGUCAGACUCUGCAGCUUGCCUGGACUUAUAUGGGAGCUGGCCUGUGGAGUGCAGCUGUAGCACUGGAACCGAAGUGCUGGGAUGUGAGGACUGCUGUGCGAAUGGCUUCAGUCAGUCUGUUUUAUAUGUAACUCUAGACGUUGAUGACCAGCCCUCUCAGAAUAGCAUCACGAAUCCAGCAAAAGAGAAAAUAAAGAAUAAAAUUAAUCUGUACAACCAGGGGUUAAUAAAAACUGAAGAACUUCUUUCGCUUAAAUCAGAGUGAAUCAGCAAGGUUGGACAUCUCGAUUAAAAAAAAAAAAUCAGCAGUGGGUAGUGUUGAUGCUCAUUUUGUAUAAA